GCACAGCCAAUAGCCGUGUCAAUGUUGCGGGACAGCUGAUCGGCGAUAUCAAUUAUUUCUGCUUUAUUUACGUGCUUAAGAAUCAACAGUUUAUAUUGAAUUAUUCAAGUAUCAUGGCACUAAUACCGCCGGUAACACGCCUUAGCGCCUCCAUAAUACGCAUACUCGGCUGCAAUCCCAGCCCGAUGACGCUGCAAGGCACAAAUACCUAUUUACUGGGCAAUGGCAAAAAGCGAAUGCUUAUUGAUACAGGUGAUGAGGAUGUACCCCAGUAUAUAGACCAUUUGAAGGGUGUGCUGCGACAGGAGCAGGCGACAAUUAGCACAAUUAUACUCACGCACUGGCAUCACGAUCAUGUGGGCGGGGUCAAGGACAUCGUGGGCAACAAACAACUGGCGGAUAAAGUGCUCGUCAAUGCAGAUUGUCAGGUUUACAAGUUUCCACGUAGUCGGGAGGAUUCGAUCGAUGAUUCCUGCAAGGAGAUACCCGCUCACAUACCCUUGCAACAGCUCAAGGAUGAUCAGGAGCUGGCCGUAGCUGGUGCUAAGGUGCGUAUAGUACAUACACCUGGCCAUACAACGGAUCACGUUGUGCUGACCAUGGACGACGGCACACUCUUCAGCGGCGAUUGCAUAUUGGGCGAAGGCACCGCCGUCUUCGAGGAUCUGUUCGACUAUAUGCACAGUCUAAAGAAGAUACUGAAAAUCCAACCAUCCGUCAUCUAUCCCGCUCAUGGCAAUAUCAUAGCAGAUCCCGUUGAGAAAAUUGAAUAUUAUAUUAAUCAUCGGAAUCAGCGAGAAGAACAGAUUCUGCACUUCUUUAGCCAACGUCAGGGCAAGGCGUGGCAGGCGCUGGAUGUGGUCAAGGUCGUCUACAAGGAGACACCCGAACAGCUCUGGCCUGCGGCUGCCUACAACGUUAGCCAUCAUCUGAGCAAGCUGCUCAAGGAGCAUAAAUUGCGGCUUAGCAGCGAGCAGGACGGCGAGAAAUUCUACGAGUAUCAGCCUAACAGUGCCCUUUGAGCAGCCCUUAACAGUCUAAUGUUAACUGAACAUUAUGUAACUGCUAUGUUUUGUAUAUAUAUAUAUGUUAAAU